AUGUUAAUAAUAAAAAUAUUUUCCAUACUAAGAAAAUGGUUUUGGCCAAAUGUUGUUGAAUAUUUUAAACAAAUCGAUCUAUUAAUAAAUGGUUUACAUCGUGAUCAUAAUAUGUUUAUAAUACGUUUUCAUUCAUUUAUUAUAAAUUAUUUACGUUGGGAAUCAUUACGUUAUUUAAUAUAUUAUCUGGCACCAUUAACAUUUGAACAACGUUUAUUAAUAUUUGAUCCUAUAUUGUUCGGAAUAUAUUUUCCAUUACGACAAAUAUAUUUACAUUGGAAUUAUUUUUUCAAUCCAAAUCAUUCAAUAUGUUUUGGUAUAAUGAAAGCAUUGAUUCAACAAUCAAUCGGUUCAUCAGCAUUUUUUGCCGGUUUAAUAGUUUUUUAUAUGGCCGAAUUAUUAUCAACAUUUAUAUUAGGUUUUGAAUGGAUUAUACGUUUAAAUUAUCAACAAAUAUCAAAACAUUUAGAUUAUUGGCCUAUUGAUUAUCUAAAUAUACGAUUAGUUCGACAAUUUCUUAUUGAUAAUUGUCAUUUAUUUUUAUUUAUCGAUAAUGUUGUACGAUCAUAUUCAAGAUUAUUUUUUAUAUUUCUUCUUUAUAAUUGGCCAGUUAAUAUAUAUCUAAUCGGAUCAUUAUUUCGUUUACAUUUAACACAAAAACAUAAUCCUUAUCAAGAAUCAUUUAUGAUAUUAUUAUUUUUACAAGAAUGUUUUGGUAUAUUUUGGAUACAUUAUAUUUGUACAAAAUAUUCAAAACACAUUCAUUAUGGUUGUGGUAUACGGAAAUUAUUUCGUUUGAAUACGAUUAUCAGUGUUAUUUCAACCGCAAAUGAAUUAAAACAACAACAACAACAACAACAACGACCGCAACAACCAAAAUUAUCAUUAUCAUUACGUAUACAAUGGAAAUUAUGUCAUUUUAUUGAAAAAUUUCAUACAAAUAAUCAUUAUGGUUUUUCCUAUGGUAAAUAUGGUAUUAUUGAUUUGAAAAAUUUUAUUCGGUUUUUACUUAUUUAUUCCAAAAUGGUUAUG